ACAUUUCCUUAACUUUAGAUUCGACUUUAAAAAUUUUUAUAGGCUAUUCCAGUUUAAAAUAUCUCUGCCAGAGAGGUUCAAACGAACUAUUUUUAAGAAGUGGCAUCUUUCUGAAGAAGGUGGUACCCCGUCUCGAUUGAAAAGUCAGCAAACUAUCUUAAACAGAUUUUUCAUUUCAGGUUUGGGAUGUUUGCAUGGAUCACUUAGGAUGUAGAAACGCAUCUCUGAAUGGCGUUCCAGACAAAGUAAGCAUGUACCAAACGAAAGCUGGUUUCCCUCUCCUUGAGGAAGAUCUCCAAGUGCAAGAAAACGAUACUCUCGAAGAUAUAAUCCACCCAGAGAAUCUCGUAGAUUCUCUACCAGACGAUGUUAUAAUCGUUCCGUUCCACGCAUCUUACCUACCUUUCAUUUUCGAUUACGAUUUUGAAAUCUGUGGAUUUAAUCGAGAGCUGGCAUUGGAACUGAGCUUUAAAGCAAAAGAAACUAAAACUCUAAUAGCGUUCAAAAAUGGAGUAUGUGUUGGAUUUGGAAGCAUAAAACGCAGUAUAUUAAAUGUCCCGCUAAUCGCACCAUUGUAUGCUGAUCAUAUAGCCGUUGCCGAAACCAUGAUGAAAAGGCUGAUGAUGUCUUUUCCACUGAAGAAAGGACUUUAUUUGGCCUCAUUCACUCAUAAUAAAGCUGCCACAAAUUUGAUAAAGAAAAUUGGAUGUCCUACAACUUACAAACUCUCUCGUCUUAGCAGGCGUCAACAUAAUUUUAAAGUACCUGUUGACAAAGUUUAUGCUCAUUUCGACAUAAAUGCCUCUCCAGUUUGAACUAGAAUGGCGACAUUUUUGAAUUACUUAGUUCGAAAUCGUACGAAUACAUACAUAUCCUUUAUAUUGCACCUUUUCUUCAUAACUUCUUAUACUAUUAAAUAUUUUAUGCAUUUUGUUUAUCACAUUACGUUUUGCGUUUCAUUGUUUUCUAAAUUGGUAGAUUUUCUUUAGUUUUUUAACUGCAUGAUAA